AUGUCAAACUCAACUACUAUCACUACGGAAGAGUUAUAUGGAUUUUCACCAAACCACGGCGCUGCUGUGUUCUUCACCAUAAUUUUCUCCUGUGUCACAGUCUCUCAAUUUGCUCUAUUAUUUAUCCAUGCUAAGAAGAAUAAAUUAGCAACUCAUCUAGAUUAUCAUUUGGAAAAACCUGAAAGUUUGGUUUUAUCUAAUUAUCUUUCGUUAUCCCUGUUUUAUAUUCCGUUGGUAUUAGGUGGUGUCUGCGAAAUUAUAGGGUUUAUCACAAAAUGCAUAUCAGCAUUUUCUUAUUCCAAUCUAAACUCGUUCAUUGCCCAGAGGGUCUGUAUUCUAGUGGCACCUAAUUUGUUUAUGACCACAAUGUAUUUGGUCUUCGGAAGAUUAGUUCAAUUGAUUAACAUAAAUGAUAAUUUAUUGUUUUCAGAGAUAGUUAACAGGCGUCUAUUUGUCACAGGUAACUUAGCUGGAUCUAUCUUACAAGGUGUCGGUGGUGGUAUCUCGAGUAAUGGUACUCAAUCAGAUUACGAAAAAGGUAAGAAACUGUUGCUUGCAGGUUUGUUUGUCCAAUUGGGGAUAUUUAUUAUCUUUGUCCUAAGAGAAUUUUUCUUGUUUAAGAUUAUUAAGAAUGGGGACAACAACAUUGCCUACAAUACAAAAAAAUGGAGGACUCUAAACCUGGUAUUAUUAGCCAGCGGCAUACUAAUCAUGCUUAGAUCUAUUGUCAGAUUGGUCGAAGUCUUUGAAGGAAGCACCAGUCCAAUACUAAAUCACGAAUGGUUUGGGUACGUUUUCGACUCCUUACCGAUGUUGGUGCUGAUGGUGUUGUAUGCCAUGACAACUCCGAUAUGUUCACUAUACCAUAUCCAAGCAGAAACUGUUGAAUUCUUACAAAAGGACUACGUUUAG